AUGGCAUUGCUUCACACUGAAAAUCCUGCCAAUGUGGCCAUUCUUUGUGACAACUGCUUUUCAGACAUCACCUAUGCACAACACAUAAGAUGUUGUGAUUGUAUAACAGAUCUGUGCAUAAAUUGCUUUGUAAAUCAGGUAGAAACCAUACAUCAUAGCAAAUACCAUUAUUACAGAACUAUUUCACAGAUGAACAGGCAAAUAGGUACAAAUGAAUGGACACUACUUGAAGAGACUCUGUUUGUCGAAGGACUUGAGAUAUUUGGAAUAGGAAAUUGGAUAGAGAUUGAAAAGUAUGUUGGUAGACGUAGAGAAAUAAAACAGCACUUCUAUAAACUGCUUGGAAUACAGGACGAUGAUGAAUGCACAGAUGCUCGAUGUAAACAAAGCAAUCCAUACCGAGGAUGUAUCUCUUCAUACAUGCCACUUAGAAAAGACUUUGAGAUGGAAUAUCUGAAUGAUCAGGAAGCCAUCAUUACGAACCUCAGAACAGACAAUAAAACAGGGAAAAUGCUUGCACAGGCAAUGCUUGAUUCGUAUGUAAAGAUUGUGAUGUUCAGAAAGCGCUGGAAAUAUGCAAUAUUUGAGAAGAUGAUGGUUGAUUUGAAUCAAAUCAAGAAAAGUAGAAGCAUAGCAAAUGAAAUGGAUAUGCAUGAAAUCAAAUGUAUUGCACCUUACAUGACAAAAAAAGACUUCAAUACGUUUUUCAAUGGAAUUUAUAUCGAGAAGUAUCUGUAUAGAAUGUUGAUGAAGAAAUCAAUACCAAGAAAGAAUCACAGCAUGGACACGUGUCCCAAUGCAUCAGCAUGUGUUACAUCUAAACGCAGGCAGCUUUCAAGAGAUGCAUUUCUUAGUGAGAAUGAAAAGAAACUCUGUAAAUCCAUAGAAAUACCAUUUGACAAAGAUAUGAACUACAAGACUAUUGCCAUUAAUCAUAUGGUCAAUAAAACAAGACUUUCGAUUGAGGACCUUAAAACGGUCUUUCAGAGUCAUGCUGAUGCAGAAAAGGCAUAUCAAUUGCUACAUGACCAAGGAUGA